UUGAAAACAACUACACCGCCCUGAGCACACACACACACACGUAAUUACCCGCUGGACUUUAUGUCCAUUUCUACUUCUCAGUACACCGGGACCUCGCCCGUCUUCCGUUUCAUCCCUCCUCUACCUCCGAAGACAACAGAGUCAAGGUGUUUAUAUCUUGAUAACAACCUUGAUAAGUGCAAGAUAUGGUUGUUUAUGGUUGUUAUCUCGAUAACAAGUACUUCUUGUUAUCUCGAUAACAACCCCAUCUUGCAGUUGUGUGUCUCGCCAGCCACUUCCUUGAGACGCAGAUGAUCAGCUCUCACCAGUAGGACCGUCACACAUACUCCGAGGAACUUAACUUACCGCUAAGAAACUCACUUCAGCAGCUCAACUUUGUCACUGCUCGCACGAUGACGGUGAGUGUCACAGAACUCGCUGAUCGCUUCACAUGGAUCGACUACAUGGUGUUCGGUCUCAUGUUGGCUCUAUCGGCUGCCAUCGGUAUUUUCUACGGAUGUUUCAGCAAGAAGCAGGACACCAAGGAGUUCCUCAUGGCUGGCAAGUCCAUGACCACCUUCCCCGUGGCCAUGUCUCUCAUUGCCAGCUUCAUGUCGGCCAUCGCGCUGCUGGGGAUGCCGUCGGAGAUCUACCAGUUUGGAGCCAGCUACUACCUCGUCACCUUCUGCUUCGUGCUGGUCAUGCCUGCAGCCGCCUACCUCUUCUUCCCAGUCUUCUACAACCUCCAGGUUACUUCCGCCUACGAGUACCUUGAGAAGCGGUUCCACAGAGCAGUCCGGUGGCUGGGCUCCUUCGUGUUUAUCAUCCAGAUGUCGCUGUACAUGGCCAUCGUGGUGUACGCUCCAGCACUCGCACUGGCUCAGGUCACCGGCUUCGACGUCUACGUCUCCGUCAGCCUCAUCUGCUUCGUCUGCAUCUUCUACACCACUCUUGGCGGCAUGAAGGCUGUCCUCUGGACCGACGCUCUCCAGACACUCAUCAUGUACGCCAGUAUCAUAUUCGUCAUCAUCAAGGGCGCUAUUGACGUUGGAGGAUUCAGUACCGUCUGGGAGAGGAAUGUUGAGAGCGGCCGAGCACAGCUGAUCGACUUCGACCCGGAUCCCACCACCAGACACACCUUUUGGACGCUAGUUAUUGGAGGUUAUUUCACCUGGAUCUCUAUCUAUGGCGUCAACCAGGCGCAGGUGCAGCGAUACCUCAGCGUCCAGACAAAACAAAUGGCCAUCAACGCCUUGUGGAUCAACUUAGUGGGACUGGUUAUAUUGAUGGUUACCUGUUCUUUCGGCGGGAUGGUUGUGUACGCAAAGUACUAUGACUGUGACCCCAUCCAGGCUGGAGUUGUCACCAAGGCAGACCAACUCUUCCCGCUCUUCGUCUUGGACACCCUCGGACAGUGGAAGGGACUUCCAGGACUCUUCGUUGCUGGCAUAUUCGCCGGCACUCUCAGCACUGUUUCUUCCGGGAUGAACUCCCUGGCGGCCAUCGUGUUGGAGGACUUCGUCAAGAGCGGGUGUUAUCCAGGCAUCUCCGACAACGCCAGCACCUGGGUCUCCAGGGGCCUCUCCCUCUUCUUCGGUCUCCUUACCUUCGCUCUCGUCUUCGUGGCGGAGCGACUCGGCAACAUUUUGUCUGCAGCGUUGAGCAUCUUCGGCAUGGUUGGAGGGCCUCUGCUGGGAGUCUUCACCCUCGGCAUGUUCUUCCCUUGGGCCAACGCCACCGGAGCCUUCGUUGGUGAAAUUGUCAGCUUGAUCUUCAUGUUCUGGAUAGGAGUAGGUCACCAGAUGGGAAAGGCCUCGGGGCAGAUCAAGCUAGAAUCCAUGCCCACUAGCAUAGACGGCUGUCAGAACCUCACCAUUCUUGAGCCCGCCUUCCUGCAUGAACAUGGUGAUGAGGAGCCAGGUGAGGCGCUGGCCUUGUACCGCUUGUCUUACAUGUGGUACUCUGCGACGGGCUGCUUCACCGUGAUCAUCGUGGGGAUGCUGGUGACGCUGGUGACUGGUAAGCAAGAUGUGCGGGCUGUUGACCCUCGCUGUCUCUCCCCCGCCGUCAUGUGGUUCAAGAACUGGCUGCCAGGACUCAAUGGUCUCGGAGAAGACUACAUUGAUGAAGAGGAAUGCCUGAAGGAGAGCAAGAGCUCAUGCUCAUUGGGAACCUCCAACACUUUUUACAACUCAAAAAUUGCUGAAGAAAUGUUAAAUGAUUUUAUACCCGAGAAAGAAUGUACAAAGUUGUAA